CAAAAAGAUGUCGUCUGAAUCACUAAAUGUCAUUGCCCUCAUCUCGGGAGGCAAAGACAGCUUCUUCAACCUGCUGCACUGCAUCCGCCACGGGCAUCGCAUCGUGGCCCUAGCGAACCUGUUCCCAGCAGCUGACGGCGCGAACAGCCAUGCAGAAGAUGAUCUCAACAGCUUCAUGUAUCAGACCGUUGGACACGAGGUGAUUCCGCUGUAUGCGGCAGCAACUGGCCUGCCCCUCUAUCGACAGCCUAUCCGUGGCGGGGCGCUGCAUCACGAACGGGAUUAUGAUUAUACCUCCCAGGAGCAGAAAGACGCUUCAGAAAAGGCCGAAGAGACGGAAUCCAUGCUGCUGCUGCUCAAGGCCGUCAAGGCUCGUCACCCAGAGGCCAACGCUCUCUGCUCUGGGGCCAUCUUGUCGACUUAUCAGCGGACAAGAGUUGAAUCGGUUGCGCUGAGACUCAGCCUCACCCCUCUGGCAUAUCUCUGGAAGUAUCCUGUGCUACCCUCCCCAGCAAAUGAGGCUAUAGAUGAUGCUCAGUUGCUGCGUGAUAUGGCUGCAGCUGGACUUGAUGCUCGGAUUAUAAAAGUGGCAAGUGCAGGACUUAACGAAGGCCAUCUGUGGGAGCGAGUGUCAAGCAUCGAGGGAGUGAAUCGAGUCAAGAGCGCUCUGAGAAAGUUCGGUGCUGCUGAGGGUGCCGCACUGGGUGAGGGAGGCGAGUUCGAGACGCUCGUCGUGGAUGGGCCAUCUUGGUUGUUCAGGAAGAAGAUAUCGGUCCCUGAAGAAGGGCGACGAGUUGUCAACGAAGGCGGAGGCUCGACCUGGUUGAUGCUCCGGGGAGCCCAGCUUCGAGACAAAGACACAGACGCCGAUGAUACCGCGACCCCGGAAUCAUCCAUCAGGGUUCCUGAUUUGCUGGAUCCCAGGUUUCAGACCAUCUUGGAUACGGUGCUAAGCACAAGGCCGACUGAGCAUAACGAGAAGGAAACCUCAGGAGCUUCAAAACCAAGGAUUUUGGGAAGUACACUUUCUUCGACACUGGAAGGGGAUGAUGAGUUCCUGCGAUGGUCUGUUCUGGCCGGUCCUUCUACAGAUCGCACUUCGAUUGAAGCGGAAAUGCAGUCUGUCGUUAGCCAGAUCGAGGGGCUCCUUUUCUCCUCAUCUCUCGAUGCGGCUCAAAUCACCAACACCACCAUCAUCCUUCGCGACAUGGCAGACUUUCCAAAGAUCAACAAAGAGUAUGGCAAGCUCUUCACAAGGCCAAAUCCACCAUCGCGAGUCACCAUUUCAUGCGGCGAUUUACUUCCACCGGGGUACAAUGUCAUAGUGUUCUUGACGAUCCCGAAAUCAGUGGUCAACGCUUCCAGGAAUGGGCUUCAUGUUCAGUCCCGUUCAUACUGGGCGCCGGCAAAUAUUGGCCCGUACAGUCAAGCUAUUGAUGUUGCCAUAUCAGCACGAACAGAGAAAACCGGUCUGCGAGCCGUAUAUAUUGCCGGCCAAAUUCCUCUAAUACCUUUCUCAAUGACUUUGCCGCCUCCAUCAGACACCAAUCUCGGAAUGCAGAUUGUGCUUUCCUUGCAGCAUCUCUGGCGAAUUGGGCUAGAGAUGAAAGUUCAACUUUGGACCAGCGGCGUGGCCUACUUUUCCAAGUCGUCAUCGCCUGCUGAGAUGAAGCGCAACGCUACGGCAUCAGGCCUUGCGUGGAAACUGGCCCAUGGAUCGCCGGAAGAUGACGACGACGACGCGAACGACGUGGAUAUCUGGGACCUCAAAUACAACUAUCAACACAUGACUCUGGCGAGCGAUCAACAGAAAGUCCGCGCACGACUGCCCGACUGGUCAAUUUUCACUCUGAAACAGCAAAACGAACCGCAGUCGUGCAUUCCCCCUUUCUUCGCCGCUGAAGUGGAAGAGCUUCCUCGACAGGCUACGGUAGAGUGGCAUGCCCAUGUUGGCCUGUCGCAAAUCGAAGAGAGCAGUGUAGAGAUUGUCUAUCACUCAGAGACCACGUCGUCUUGCUGGAGGGCUUGGCACGUGUUUGUCCGCACAUCUAAAGCUACGCUGGUGUACACAACUCUCGCUCGAGUCUCAUCAGUUGACCACAACAUCGUCGGUUGGGACGCUUUGCAACAAGAACUGGCCGCCGCAUACACAGGCUCAGUUCGGGCCCUCGGGCUGGCCCCUCCAACGUCGAAUGCAACCCCUCACCUGGCCUAUGUAGAGGUCAACAGUGUGACAGCCCUGUGGCCGGAAGUCGGCGAUGCUGGGCCGUCGGUGCCUUUUGCGACGGUUCCGUGCCAUUCGAUCUGGUCCGCCAGGGGAGAGAGGAUAAAAUGCGUUGCAAUGUACAAGACAACUCUUGGGCUGCAGCUGGAAGAUUAG